AUGGAACUAGACGACCAUGACAAGUUUGAUAAAGAUCUGGUUCUAAUGGCCAAGGACGCUCUGGAAGCUAGAUUCCGCCACCUUGACUGUGCCGAGAUGUAUGACAAUAAAGCCGAGGUCGGCAACGCUAUCAAGGAGAGUGGUAUCCAUCGUGAAGAGCUCUUCGUCACAACCAAAGUCGCGGAUCCUUGGAAUCUUCACACCCCUGAAGAUUACCAGAACGUCUGGCUUGGAAUGGAGGAGGUCAAGGCUUCAGGCAAAGCCAAAUCAAUCGGCGUCAGCAAUUUUGUGCUUAAAGGCCUCGAGAUGAUCCUCAAGGGCAACCCGAAGGAGCUUCCCGCCGAGCAAGGCAUCCAGGUAGAGGCGUUCAAGGGUCUUACUCCACUGGUCUGUUGCCUAGAAGGGCCCCUUGUAGGGCCUCUGAAGCGCAUGGCCAAGGCUCAUAAUGUGUCCGACUCUGCUGUCAUGCUUCGGUGGUUCCUGCAGCAGAAUAUCGUUGCUAUAAUGACCACGCGCAAGAAGGAGCGCCUGCAGGGAUACGCAGAGGCCCUGACUUUCGAGCUCACGAAGGAUGAGAUGGAUGAGAUUUCCACGGAGGGCAAGAAGCUGUUCAAGCGAUUCUACUUCCCAGAACUAUACGAUCCUGAUGAUCGAUCUUAG